AUGCUGCUACAAGAGCUUUGUCGGUUUGAUCCUAGACCGCCUAGAGGCUUAAUACUAUCUGAGGAUCUGUUUCAUUUGGCCAUCGUUUCGUCUACUUCAGCUGCUAUGCAUUCGGCCGCUGCAGCAUACAAUUUGUCAUCUACUACUGCUUCUUCGACUAACGGUUAG